GAGAGUAUAUAUACACAGCUUUCUGCAGUGGAGGAAUCAGGUCCCUCUGGAUUCAGACAACCAAAGCCUUGAGAAACCCAAGCAGACGGACAAAAUGAAGACUAUACUACUGCUCGCUUUCACUGUCAUGGUCUCCAGCGUUCCUUUGGAAAACAGCGAUAAGAAAUUAUUGGGAGAGCUUAUUGAUGAGCUGGAAAGAGAAGUGAAAAGAUUUUCAAAGGAUAACGAGGGAAAUGAAAUCUACCUGACAGAACUGCGAAUGAAUGGCUGUAAGAGUGAGUUUUUCUGCCAGGCUGAGCAAGAACUGUUAAAGGAGGUUUCUGGACGGUCUGGUGCCAAAUUUGAACAUUUCCGUACUGACAAGACACUAAUGAAGAAUUUACACAAGUAUAACCAGUGCUAUGGAAAAACCUGCAAACCUGCUCAUGAAGACCAAGAAAUCCGUCUGGGUGAAUUCUUGAAGAAUCUCUUGACAUGUGUUCAGAAUUUAUAUUGA